AUGGUAGGCUUUAUAGCCUUCAGUAGAGGCAACGACAGUGUUACCGCCAGCGAUGAGUCUCAAGGACCAUCUAUGAUGAGUGCUGCAGUUUUUGACCGAGAUCUGUACGACUAUUCUGACAUAGAAGAAGAUAUAAAUGAAGAUGAUGAGCAUAAUCACCAUCAUCUCCAUGAUCACAGUGCAUCGCCACCACCUACAAUAGCAGACCAGUAUCAGAAGUAUGGUAUAGGUGCUCGGCUUUUGAUGAAGAUGGGGUUCCAGCUGGGUAAGGGAUUAGGUGCCAAUGGUGAAGGUAUAGCAACACCCAUUGAGACUCAACUACAACCAAAAGGCAUGGGAGUUGGAGGAGUCUCAGAAAAGAAUAAUAGUAAUAAACAUCAAGAUAGGAUUAAGGAUUCGACUAGUCAACUGUUGGAUCAAUUGCCCAAGUUGUAUCAACUAUUAAAGCAUGUUGAGAAACUACCGAUACAAAUCCCCAGUUAUUACAUAGAAUUGAAUAACAAGUGCUCUCAGUUCAAGACCCCACCGGUUACAGAAACCGAAACACAGGCGUAUUUCCAACUUGUUAAGGAAGUUAAAACUGCGUUCAGAAAUCUAUCGGAGUUCAGAGAUGCCUAUGUCCAAUUAGACUCCAAGAAAGAAUAUCUUGAAUCAAGUAUUGCCGAUUGCAGACGUAUGUUACAUCUAGAAUCUACGGCAGCUGAAACCAUAUAUGGUGUUCUAACUGGGCUACGAGAAUUGGAACGAACUUCAUCAGACAUAGAUCAUGAUGUUGUUGUUCUACAGGCCUUACAAAAACUACCUAGUUGCAAGGUAUAUCCUAGAAUCAGAGAAGUCUAUGUUUCUGUAGCCAAAUUGAUUGUACCUGGGAUCAUCAAGAAUUAUUUUGAUAAGGUAUCUCUGGAUCUUGAACCUCUCUAUCGAAUGACUUCAAUGUUCAAAAGUAUUGCUUAUCUGACUGAUGAUCCAAUGGAAGAUACAGAGCUUACUGUUUGGGAUGCAUAUAUUAUCGAGCAGUUAAAACCGUUUGUGGAACAAGUUUUGGAUCCUCGUAUGAAGAGUGACCAUUGGCUUUUGCUAAAUAGAAUUAUCCAGGACAACGAUAAACUCUAUUGCAGUGAAAAGAAUGUAUGGAUGGAAGUAUCAGAAAUAGUUCUUUCUAAGCUAAACCGCUUUAUCAAAUCCGAAUGGGAUUUAGAGGCUUCAAUAGAUAUUUGUGGGUAUUUAUCUCGAAUAAUGGAAGUAUUUCAACUUUCCAAACACCCACAAUUUACGCUAUUGGUUGAUGAAGUAGUCAAGAUAUAUCUUGAUGUGUUCAGUUCACAGCUGGAGCAUUGUAUCUGGCAAGCACCAUAUAAAACUGCUAUGAAUGUGCUUGACUGUUUCAGUUUUGGUUUCUUGAGUGGACUUACAAAAGUGGAGACCCUUAAAACCACUAUUUUAGUUGGAAUUUUAAGUUUCCUAACAGACUUAAAAUGGGACACUUCUCUUUGUUAUGACAAAUUGGAUAUUGUAUUUGAACUUUUAAUCAGACAGUCAAAUAUCUUUCCUAAUUGGACUACAGUUAUCAUCCUUGAGUUUAUGGUACUUAAUCCGUUUGUUCUUCAUAUUUGUCAUCUGAUUGAAGACACUAUCAGUGUGAGCAAGCAGAUCCAUUCGUUUUACUAUUAUCUUCAAGACGUUAUACGGAAGUAUAUGCUUCAACAGGAUGAAUUCAAAAGUCUCUUCAAAUGGUACAUGAAUAUAACCUUAGAACUAAUAGAAAGUUACACGGCAACAGGGGUUGUUCAUAUGAAGGAGCUUCCCAGUAUUAAUGGAGAUAUUCAACCUUCAACUACAAAACUAGAACAAGUUAUUUUAGAGCAAGAGCACUCGGUGAAGGGUCUCAAACAGACACUGUAUAUGACAACGUUUAAAGAUGUUGUUGAAAAGUAUUGCGAGGAAGCUUUUAUUGGUAUGACCUUAUUACAAUCCCAUAGUAUGAAAGGACAAGUUUUUCAAUUUUCUGGAGCUGAUAUUUCAAAGCGGAUCUUCGGCUAUAUCUCGGAUGAUGUGCUUUAUGUAAGCGACCAACACACUGAUCUUGAGUCAUUUGAGCCAGUGAGUCUUGACGAAUUAAGAAACAUGAUAGUGGAGACAACAUAG